AUGGAUGUUCCUGCUGUGAACAUGACUAGCAGAGCCUAUGUCACCUUCUUGGCAGGCAACAAAGACUACGUGAAGGGAGUUCUGGGUUUAGCCAAGGGCUUGAGAAAGGCUAAAUCCCAGUAUCCACUUGUUGUCACAGUGCUUCCCGAUGUCCCGGAGGAGCACCGAAAGAUCCUCGAGUCUCAGGGUUGCAUUGUCCGGGACAUCGAGCCAGUGUACCCUCCGGAAAAUCACCAAGCCGAGUUUGCCAUGGCCUAUUAUGUCAUCAACUAUUCAAAGCUUCGGAUUUUCAAUUUUGUGGAGUAUAGCAAGAUGAUAUACUUGGACGGAGACAUACAAGUCUUUGACAACAUUGAUCACCUCUUUCACCUCCCGGAUGGCUAUUUCUAUGCUGUCAUGGAUUGUUUCUGUGAAAACACUUGGAGUCACACUCCUCAAAGUAAGAUCGGAUACUGUCAGCAAUGUCCGGAAAAGGUUCAGUGGCCUACCGAGUUAGGAUCUCCACCUCCACCUUACUUCAACGCCGGCAUGUUCGUCUUCGAGCCUAAGCUCUCCACCUACAAUAACCUGCUGACAUUCCUCAAGAACACUCCUCCCACUCCUUUUGCUGAGCAGGACUUGUUGAACUUCUUCUUUCGGGAUGUCUACAAGCCAAUCCCUUGGGAGUACAAUUUCAUUCUCGCCAUGUUAUGGCGACAUCCUGAGAAUGUGAAGAUUGAAGCUCUGAAAGUUGUUCACUAUUGUGCUGCGGGAUCAAAGCCAUGGAGGUAUACAGGAGAGGAAGAGAACGUGGAGAGAGAAGACAUAAAGAUGCUGGUGAAGAAGUGGUGGGAUAUUUAUGACGAUGGGUCGUUGGGUUUGAAGAAGAGCACUGCUGAUAUGUCUGCUUUUGUGCAAAAUCUGCUUCAACAGAUGCAAACUAGGUUCCAGUCGAUGUCCGACAACAUUGUUACAAAGAAUAUCCUUAUCUUUUAUACUUUAAUUCGAAAUCAAUCAUCUUUGCAUGCUAGGGUGUACAUUGCCAAAAAUGAAAUGUCAUUUGUUUUUCUUAACUGCAAUGCACUUGAUGAGAUGGGAAACCGCAUUAACGAGUUGGAGCGUAGCAUCGGUGACCUAAGAACAGAGAUGGGAAUUGAAGGCUCUCCAGCUCCCAGCCCCCAGUCCAAGCCAGAUGAAGAGGGAGGGAAGCAAGAGGAAGGUUCAGCAUGA